AUGGAUACUCUAUCAACCUCUGUUUCAACCCUAAAAGUUUCCCCUUUCCCAUCUGCACCUACCUUAACAAAUCGCGAUUUUUAUCCCUUCAAAGCAACCCCGACACGACCACAACAACCCCAUCAUGUUUUCUCCACUUCCACGCCCAAAUUUCUGCCCAAAACCAAAUCUUUCUCUCACAAAUCUCCCCCUUCUCUUCCGUUAUCCCUCUCACCCCUCAAACCCAAACCGUGUUCUUCUAUAUGCCACCCAAAUCCCGCCACUGGGUAUGCAGCAGCUCUCGUGGACGUGGCCCAAAAUAGCAAUUCCCUUCACUGUGUUCACAGGGAUGUGGAGAGGCUCUUGAAACUGCUGCAGAGAGUGAAGUUUGAUUCACGGGCGGUUGAGGAGGGAAACUUUCACCGGCACGUGGUGGCGUUGCUGAAGAUGCUGGUGAAGAAGAACAAGGUGGGGAUUGUGAAGGAGGCGCUGCAAGAGUUCGAGAGGAUUUACGAUGAGCUUUGUGGAACACAAGUGGUUCUGGUUUCGUCCAAGACUAAGAUGGGGGAAGAUGAACUCUUUGGGAUUGCGAAAAGCGUGCACCAAUUGAGUGGGGCGAUGAGAGUGAAGGUCAGAAACUUGGUUCAGGAAAGUGUGCCCUCUUUUGCUGUGUGA